AUGGCUCCGCAACAGAAGAGAAGUUUUUUGCCCUAUACGAGGGGCAUCAAUCCAGAGGAUUUGCGUUUAGGCAGUCUGUACCUGAAUCCUUUGGACCCCGAUGAUGGUUUAGAAUCGAAGCGUUUCGAGUAUCAAGAGGAUCUCGAUCAAGAAGAGUAUGAAGAACACGUACAGAAAUGGAUCCGACGAGAACAAAAAGAUGAAAGAGGGUGCUCCCUCGAUUUCGAAUUAUCAAUAGAGACAUCUCUCGCCCUCAAAUUCUCAGAUUGGGUAAAAGCAGAAGGCAGCGCCAACUCAACCGUUACUGCUACCUUAGAAGGCAAAUCAGGCCGACGUCUGAAAAUCAGAAAACCCGAGAAAUUUCUGAGAGAUGAAGUAAUGGCCCAGGAGGGCGUACAGGAAUGGAUCCGGACGCAGGCAUCCAUAUCCUUCAAAGGGCAUUUCGGCAUACACAAAUUCAAGGCUCCCGAGAUCUGGAUGGUGACUGGAAUCCAGCUCAUCACUGGCGGCGAUGUCCACGUGGGAUCCUCACGGUCACUGAGUGGGACAGUCGGUGCAUCUGCAGAUGUUGGGCUUGCAGUCGGCGCUCCUCCGGGACUUGUUUCGGUCGGUGCAGAAGCCAGCCAUGGCCAUAACAACAAGGGAAAUAACGCCUAUGGAUAUGACGACGAGAGAGUCUGGGCAGCUCAAUUCAUGGAAGUGAAGAUUGAAUAUGGAAAUGAGGAGGACAAAACGGUGAAAUCGAAAUAUAACAAUAUCGUCCCCGCGACAAUAACGACAUUUCAACUGGAAGAUAUUGCGGAUCUAAGGGCGCGGGGUAUCCGGGCAAGCCAGAAUCUGCGUGCCCAGGCGAAUGGGCAGACUUACGUCAGGCCGCCCAAACCAGUUGCGAGAGUCAUUGUUAGUGGUGACGAUGAAGAGGAGACUGAUUUUGAGGACGAUGAGAUUCAAAUUGGUGAUCAACCCUAUAUGAGAGUGUUGAAAGAUACGGAUUGGGAAAUGUACAAUGAGUGUUCUCAGUACCUGUUGGAUGCAAGGACGAGGAGGAGAUCGUUGACGCCGGAAUCGGUGAAGAGUUAA